AUGUCAAACCCAUCAAGGUCUCAUGUCACUAUAACCCUAGGGCGCGGUGCGCAGGUGGUGAAACGGUCAGGGCAUACAGUGGAUAGUUCUUUUACUGAUUUGCAGCCAGCUGUUGGAAGCAAACGAUCCGUUAGAGAUAGGCUGGGAAGUAAUGCAGAUUUAUCUCUCCAAGUCAACAAGCGAAUGCGGGGAGAUGGCAGUACUGCUAAUGCUGUGGACGACAUUUAUCUAAAUAGAGAUGACCUCCGAUUCAAAAUCAUGCAAAACAAAAUUAUGAAGCAGAAGCAAAGUCAUAACAAGAAGCAAAAUGAGCCAGAUCUUCGCAACAUUUUGUCAAGGCCUGAUCAAUCUUCAACAAAUAGCGUAGUUACUCGGGAGCGCAUGCCUAAGCUAAAGAAUACAGGACUGCAGUAUCCAGAGCUGAGGUAUAGUAGACAGCAUUUCCAGGAGCCAAAGGAUGGUAGGCAACUAACCUCUGUAACCAGGGAUUCUAGACAGUACCUGCGCGAAGCUCGGGAUCAGCGCAUGCCUAACCCAAGGAAACACUGUGUUCCUGAAGCCAGGGAAGUUAAACACGGCAUGCAUGAUACCAGACAUCCAAUCCCUGAGCCAAGAAUUUCAAGCGUUACUACACAUAUGCCUGGCACGAGAACUGUGAAUGAUGUGCCCAAAGUGGACUCAGUGAUAAAUUCUUAUUCUCCCUGGACUAUGGACCGUUUAAGGCAAAGGUCGCCGGGUGAAUUUUUGGGAAGUUCACGAGGUCUCUCACCACCCAGGAGAGAAGAAGAAUUACAGAGAAGACUUCCAGUUAGGACAUAUGAUGAUGGUGGAAUGAGCACGUACACGAGCAAAGAUGUUUUUAACUUUUCGAGCUCCAUGAAUUCUACACCUUUAAUGGCAAAAAUGGUUCCAUCUGCUGGACCUUCAAAGACCUUGACACCAACGGUUACCCCACUUACUCUACCUGGCAGUGAUAUACAGAGAAGUGCAUAUGCAGUGAAUGAUCAACUUACUGUCGACAGCUUUUUGAAAUCUCUGGACCUGGAAAAAUAUGCAAUUUACUUUAAGGCUGAAGAAGUGGAUAUGAAUACUUUGAGGCAGAUGGGUGACAGUGAUCUGAAAGAGUUGGGAAUACCUAUGGGCCCGAGGAAGAAGAUCCUACUUUCCCUGCUGCCUCGUUCCAAACGACCAAUGUGA